AUGAGUCGAAAAAAUGUUGUUUCUUCUUCUUCUAUCAAUUUUGUAACAAUAGUUGUUUAUGUUUCAUUUCUACUAAACUUGGCCACUGCAGUUAAACCAAGAGGGUUUAGCAUGAAGAUGAUUCGCAGCGACUCUAAAGAAUCACCUAUGCAUCUAAGGUAUGCUAAAUUGACACAAGGAGAAAGAUUUCAAAGACUCGUCGAGCAAUCCAAAGCUCGAGCACAUUAUUUUGGAUCGGCAAGAGCAGCUGCUUAUAAUAGAAGCAUCUCCAUGGAUCCCGAUAUUGCACGUAUGCCUGUAAAAUACAGGGAGAACACACACUAUUACAUCGGUGAGGUAGGUAUAGGUACUUUCCAUAAUGAACAACAACCUUUUAAGAAGUUCUAUUUACUUAUCGAUAGUGGUAGUGAUCUUAUAUGGACUCAAUGUCACGGUGGCCAUAAUUAUUUCUAUCAAGAUCCGCCAAUAUAUGAUCAGGAAAAUUCGAGGACAUAUCACCGUAUCCCUUGUCAAAAUCUUAAUAAGUGUGACGCACAACAUUGCGAAGACGGGUUAUGUACGUGGGACGAAGAAUAUAUGUCCGGAUCAGAAAUAUCUGGUCAUCUUGCUUAUGAAACGCUCACUCUGAACUCACACACCGGUGCCCUUGAAAGUGUUGAAAAAAUAAUCAUGGGUUGCGGUAUUGAUCAAAGGAAUUUCGGUCCAUUUUUUGGUGUUCCUGAGAUUCGUGAGGGUGAUCAUGAUUUCCCUCCGCCGAAACCUGCACCUGGAACUGCACCUAUCGCAGGAAUUCUCGGUUUGGGACAAGGAUCCUCUAAUUUUUCUCUGGUACUUCAGUUAGAUAUUGAAGAUAUCCAAAGACGAUUUGAAUACUGUUUGGAGGCAUAUGACCUUCCAGGCAUUGGGUAUUCACACACGUAUUUAAGAUUUGGUUUCGACGCAAAAAUCGAAGAAGCACCUGAUGUACUUACAACUCCAAUCAUUCAAGACCCAAACUUCGAGACGCCUUACCAUUUGAUUCUAAAGGAUAUUAGCAUAAAUGACAGAAGCCUAAGGUUUCAACAAAGUGAUUUCGAGCUUAAGUCGGAUGGAACUGGUGGGACUAUCAUUGACUCAGGGGCUCCGUUUACCACUAUGAGGAUGCGCCAUUUUAAAAGAGUUAAGCAAGCGUUGGUAGAAUAUUUUGUAGAUUCUGGUAUUCCUCUUGCUGAUCCUGAACCUGGCAGGGAUUUCGAUACUUGUUUUGUUCUAUCAUCCGGUUUCGCUGCGUUUCCGGAGAUGACUUUUCAUUUUCAAGAUGCGGAUUUUGUUAUUCGACAAUGGUCUGGUAUUUUUGCCUAUCACAUACAAGAGCGCUUGUUUUGUUUAGGUAUCAUUGGCUUGGAUGACGACUAUCCACAUGAUGUUAUUUUUGGAGCUAUGCAACAAGCUGAUAAAAGGAUUAUGUACGAUCUUCAUGCCAAGGUACUCAAGUUUACUCAUGAGCAAUGCGAUUUUGGUUCAUGA